CAUCCCUACACAAGUACCUCUGCUCUCUGGGCCAUUCAUUUGACGCAGCCGCUUAUAACGAGCACCGGCACAUAGGUAAGAUAAGAGCGUUGACAGUCAAUCAGUCAGAGGAGAGCAGAGUUAGAGGACAAGCUGAAUCAGACCAACUGGUCAGCCCACAAACUCCAAGAAGUCUCAGAAGGGACAGCCGGAGCCUUUUGAACGCAAGACGCGCUUGGACAGCAGCGCACGAACCGCACUUGGACCUGACAGUUAGACCACACACACCCGCAAAUACCUGCAGCCUAAAAUGGAGCGAAAAAUCCCCAAUUUUGCUGGCACCUGGGAGAUGAAGAGUUCUGAAAACUUCGAGGAACUAUUAAAAAAGCUCAAUGUGAACGUGAUGCUGCGUAAGAUCGCGGUGGCGGCAGCAGCCAAACCUUUGGUGGAGAUCAAACAAAACGGAGAGACGCUGAACAUCAAAACAUCGACCACAGUCCGCACCACCAACAUCACCUUCACGGUGGGGCAGGAGUUCAACGAGGCCACAGUGGACGGGCGUUCCUGCACGAGUUUUCCAUGUUGGGAAACCGAAAACAAGAUCAGCUGUGAGCAGACUCUGCAGAAAGGAGAAGGACCGAAGACGUCUUGGACCCGGGAGCUCACCAAUGAUGGCAAGCUGAUCUUGACCAUGAGGGCAGACGAUGUGGUUUGCACCAGAAUCUACGAACGGCAAUGAACAAAAGCACUUCUCCCACUUUUCGUCCCUCCAGCCCCCUACCUGUCCUUCAUCACCACUCUCAUCACGACUCUGCUUUGUAAAGGCAGCACUAGGAGAUAGCAGUGUGUAGUUUCAGCAUCUAUGUUAGCUUAACUUUAUUGUUAGUGUGUGUCACAUAUUGUAUCAUCACAACGGUCUUAGCGGUCUGUCUCUCCAGCUGCUUUGUAUGUGACGAGCUGGAUUUUAAACACGUUUGUUGCUUUGUAUGUUGGGUUCAUUGAAUGACAGCUCAUUUAUUUGGCAUUGUAAGUAUGUGUGAGUAUGGCAACAGAAGAGGUGUGAGACUUUAUCUGUAGAUAUGUAAACCAAUCUUUGAGCUCUUCCAGUUUCAGGUCAGUUUUGAUGUGUCCCUUCUUUUUGAUCCUGUAGCCCCAUGACUUUAACCUUUUCUAUUUUACAGCAACAUUUUAUAUUUAUUACUACACUAGGAGUCUGGUACAGUACUGCUAAAGCUUUUACUUUGUGUCCCUUUUAUAUGAAAUGUGAUCAUAGGAAACUACAAUUUCUAUGGAAACAAUAAAGCAUGAUAUGACCUCA